AUGGACCCGGCCGAGGCAGUGCUGCAGGAAAAUGUGCUCAAGUUUAUGAAUUCCUCAGAGAGAGAAGACUGUAAUAAUGGCGAACCCCCUAGGAAGAUAAUACCAGAGAAGAAUUCACUUAGACAGACUUACAACAGCUGUGCCAGACUCUGCUUAAACCAAGAAACAGUAUGUCUAGCAAGCACUGCUAUGAAGACUGAAAAUUGUGUGGCCAAAACAAAACUUGCCAAUGGCAUUUCCAGUAUGAUUGUGCCCAAAACAAUGGAAACUCUUGCUAUAAGAAGGAAAAGGAACUGUGUGUCAAAUAUUUUGAGCAGUGGUCAGAAUCCGAUCAAGUGGAAUUUGAAGAACAUUUUAUAUCCCAAAUGGGUCAUUACCAACAUGGGCACAUAA